AUGCAGACCAAACACUUCUUCACAGACCCAAACCACCUAGUCCUAACAGCCCUCAACUCCCUAACCCUAACAAACCCCUCUCUAGCCCUCGACCGAGAAAACAAAAUCGUCUUCCGCCGCCCGGAUGCACCCCGCAAAGCGAACAAAGUGUCCAUCGUGACAGGCGGCGGCUCAGGCCACGAACCCGCCUUCGCCGGCUUCGUCGGAGCCGGUCUCUGUGAUGCCUCGGUCGCAGGUACGAUCUUCGCCUCGCCGUCUGCCGAGCAGAUCCGGCGUGCGGCGAUCGAUCGCGUCCCCACUGACAACGGCGUUAUGAUUAUUCCUAUGAACUACACGGGUGACGUGUUGAAUUUUGGUAUGGCCGCCGAGAAAUCGCGCGCUGCGGGGAUUCGCACGGAGUUCUUUGCUAUUAAUGAUGAUGUGGGCGUUGGGCGGGUCAAGGGCGGGAAAGUUGGGAGGAGGGGAAUUGGGGGUGGUGUGUUGAUCUUGAAGAUGGUUGGUGCUUUGGCUGAGGCUGGUGGUUCGCUGGAUGACGUCUACGCUUUGGCCCAGCUGGCAAAUGCCAACCUCGUUUCCCUGGGCUCAUCGCUGGAACAUGUCCACGUGCCUGGCCGUGGUCUGCCCGAAGAUACCAUCCCACAUGGCGAGGUCGAAGUAGGAAUGGGAAUCCACAACGAGCCAGGCUCGCACCGCGUCAAGUUCGACCUCGUCGAGCUGGUCGAGGGUAUGCUCCUCCAACUCCUCGACCACAACGACCCAGACCGCUGCUAUGUGACCCGCAAGCCGGAAGACAAGUUCGUUCUUCUGAUCAACAACCUCGGUGGUGUCAGCCCGCUCGAGCUGGCCGGUAUCACCGAUGAAGUCUACCGCCAGCUGGAACGCGAUUACCAGGUCAACAUGGUGCGCGUCAUCACCGGAACGUUCCUAACCAGCCUGAACGGCCUGGGUUUCAGCAUCUCCCUGAUGAAGCUAGUUGACCCAGGUUUCGGCGCUGGAAAGUCCAUGCUGGAACUCCUGGAUGCACCCGCUGAAGCUGUCGGCUGGUCUGCCCCUGUCAACACAUCCACCUGGACGAACCGUAUCGAUACGCCCGUCGAUCUGAAGACGACCGUCCAAGUUGAAGAUAUCCCCAGCAACCUAACCCUCCCCCCAACAACGGUCCAGAAAGCCCUCUCAUCAGGCCUUUCCCGCGUAAUAGCCGCGGAGAAAGAAAUAACCCGCUACGACACAAUAGUCGGCGACGGCGACUGCGGCAUCGGCCUAAAGCGCGGCGCAGAAGCAAUCCAGUCCCUGCUCAACGACACCAAGCAACCCCUAACAGCGGACAUAGUGGUAACUCUCAACCGAAUCGUAACAGUCGUGGAAAACGUCAUGGACGGCACAUCCGGCGCCAUCUACGCCAUCUUCCUCAACGCGCUGGCGCACGGCCUGCGCGCUCAGGGUACGGCUUCGACGCCUACGCCUGUUACAACAGAGGUCUGGGCGAAAGCGUUGCAGAUGUCGUUGGAGGCGUUGGGGAAGUAUACGCCUGCUAAAGUUGGUGAUCGGACACUUGUUGAUGCCAUUACGCCGUUUAUUGAGACGCUUGUUGAAACCAAGGAUUUGGGGAGUGCCGCGGCCGCUGCGAGGGAGGGGACUGAGAGGACGAAGGCGAUGAAGGCUUCGCUCGGGCGGACUGUUUAUGUUGGGAGUGAGGAGGAGUGGAUUGGGAAGAUUCCUGACCCUGGGGCUUUUGGGUUGUCUGAGUUUUUGAGUGGGCUUGCGGAGGGUGUUUAG